AUGCAACGUCUCUACGGCGAGGAGGAUCAUCGAGUAUACAGUCGACUUCAGCAAGCGAUUCAAGCAUCUAUCGCACUAAGAGCACUGUCAAAAGAUGUACAUCUACCUAAUCAAGAGACACGAAGCUCUACGAGUGGUAAUAUGUGCGAGCACGGCUAUCCCAGUUACUCGUAUCGCUCCGAUACUGCACAGAAGGAAGAGGAAUUCAAAGUUAAGCAGGCUUAUCAGAUGGCAGAUGAUACUUCUGAUCAUGGAUCUGGAAAGUCCACAGCAAUGAAAAGAGCUUACAGCAUCGCAAGAAACGAAGCUCGCCUCAACGAGGUGGUAGUCGCAUUCUUCUUCAAUGCGCGAGGCGUCCCGAUGGAGACCAGAGUGGAAGGCUUCUUCUAUUCGGUGCUUCAUCAACUGCUACAAUGUCCUAGACUCAGCAGUGACGAGGGGUUAGAGGCCUGGAAGCGAAAGGAAACCUCGACAAGGUCUGGCUGGAAAUGGACAGCAAAAGACCUUCAGAACAUGUUCCUGGCGUCUACGUUGGGCUCGACUGUUAGUCUCAUCAACGCUCGUCAAAUGACAGUACAUCCACGUCGAUUUUACUUUUGUUUUCGACGUGGUAUUGCUUUCCGCGUGGCUGCACGAAGGUUCCAUAACACAGGAAUCCUAAAAGUCAAAUUCUCCGGCGCAGAUCUGUAA